AUGUACACUCAGAGUCUCAUCCUUGCAGUUCUGCCUCUUAUGGCUCAUGCUGUCGACAUUAUCCAGUUCGCCAUCUGGGAAGACAGCGUUCCUAACACGGAGUGCAACCUCGACCUUGACGGCGCCUACUGUCGCGGCCUCAACAACACCCAGGUCGAUGGCCGCGAUCCAGACUCAUUCGCCGUAUUCAACGGCGACGACGGCGACCCAUGCGCCGUGACGACGGAAGGCUACUGUGGUGGUGGCGGAGGUUUCGAAGACUUCUGCUGGGCUACCGGUGGUGGUCAAGAAGGAUGUGGUGCAAAGGAGACUGGAGGCUCACUCUGGCACAGUGGGGACGAACAUCUAAAGGGGAGAUUUGCGAAGAGGGCUGUCGAUUCCGUCAAGCCCAAUGUAGCUGGGAUUUGGGAUGCGGUCGAACGCAAGCACCGUCACUUUAGGAUUGGAGGCGACGUUCCUACUGAUGUCACCACAAUUCUCGUCGAAGCUGUCAAAGCGAAUGCAGGAUACGGGUACCUGGAUGAGUCGGUGAAGGCCUUUGAGAUUGCGGAAUAA